CCCAGCGGAGCAGGCCCCAGCCUCUGUUCUCCGCCCCCUCCCGUUCCCCUCACCUCGGCUCGCCCCUACUCCGAUCCUCCUCCUCGAGAUCUCCAAGGCCACGAGCGCUUCCGCACCGCUCCGCCUCCGCCGCGCCCGCCGCUAGCGAUUUUGGCCGCCGCCGGGGGAGAUGGCAGGCCUGGGAAAGGCGAUGUACGCGGUGGGGUUCUGGAUCCGGGAGACCGGCCAGGCCCUCGACCGCCUCGGCUGCCGCCUGCAGGGCAACUACUUCUUCCACGAGCAGAUUUCAAGGCAUCGCACACUCAUGAACAUCUUUGACAAAACCCCUCAUGUUCAUAGAGAUGCAUUUGUUGCUCCAAGUGCAUCACUUAUUGGUGAUGUUCAAGUUGGACCAGGAGCUUCCAUUUGGUACGGGUGCGUUCUAAGAGGGGAUGCAAACAACAUUCAGAUUGGAUCUGGGACCAAUAUACAAGACAAUUCUCUUGUGCAUGUGGCGAAGUCUAAUCUAAGUGGGAAAGUCUUUCCAACAAUUAUCGGUGAAAAUGUCACAGUAGGUCAUAGCGCUGUCUUACAAGGAUGCACCAUUGAGGAUGAAGCUUUUGUUGGUAUGGGGGCAACCCUAUUGGAUGGUGUCAUUGUGGAAAAGCAUGGAAUGGUUGCUGCCGGAGCCCUCGUAAGACAGAAUACAAGGAUCCCUUCUGGAGAGGUAUGGGGAGGAAACCCUGCCAAAUUUCUGAGGAAGCUCACUGAUGAUGAAAUAGCUUUUAUUGCUGAAUCGGCUGCCAACUAUUUUAGUCUGUCCAAGGAGCAUGCUGCUGAGAAUGCCAAGCCACUUGAGAAGGUUGAGUUCGAGAAGGUGCUGCCCAAGAAGUUUGCUCACCAGGACGAAGAAUAUGAUUCCACGAUCGGUGUCACUCGAGAGGCCCCACCAGAGCUGACGCCUCCCACUCCAGCCCAAUAAACCUCUGUUUUUUUUCCUGUUUUCUCUUUGCUGCCAUUAUCGUCUUCUAUUGGGACAGUGCUGGAUCGUUGAUUGGGACACUGUUCCAUGAGUCUGGUGGUUUAUGUCUACUUUUUCCUCCCCAAUAAUCUUUGGGUCGAGCAAUGUUAUAAAGCUGGCCAUGCACUUCUUCAAGUUUCUGUAUCCAAGUAUGUUUAAGAUGUGCUCCCUGGAAAGACAGACCCCACUAAAUAGACAGACAUGCAUUGUUUUGACGUGGAUACUGAAUUACAUUAUUCUUUCGGUGGUUGGCCA